AAACAAAUAGCCGUUGAUGUCAUGUGACUUGGUAGAGUUGAAAAGUCUCAUUUGAAAAGUGAACUGGUGUCUUGAAUUUGUUGCUGUCACUUUACUGAUCACUCAAAAUUCAAUGAUAAAAGUGUUUAGCAAAAAUAUUAGAGCUUAAAAACAGAAACGUUUUUUUAAUAUAAUUUCAUACAAAAUACAAUAUUUGAAUAAUUGAUUCUAAAAAUAUUCAAUAGUGACACCCCAAAUGUACUUACUUUUACUAAAUGUCUCCCCUUUAUAGUCUCUCAUGCAAAUGUUGACUUAUUUAUUAUUUUUAGACAGUAUUUUCUUUUUGUAAAGCUCGCAUUUGCAGCACCUUACCGUGCAAGAAUGACAGCACAGGAAAUUGCAGGUGUGUUCAGAGAGUGGGCGUGGAAGUAAAUACACCCAACCUACGCACGCACGCACAGUCACACACACAUACACACUUAUUGGCUCACACACAGCACCGGAGGUUCACCCACUGAUUGUUUUUUCCAACCUGCACUGCUCCCAAGACAAGUCCACAGGAGACGUUAUGAUGAAUGAUGCCAAUAAAGAUGCGUUUAGGAGUGUCCACAGAAAAGCAGGCCUGCAGAUAUGGACCAUUAACAAGCUGCAGAUGGUGCCGCUGUCGGCCCAAAGCUUCGGCAACUUUUUCGAGGGCGAUUGUUACAUUGUUUUGAACAUGAGUCGGAACUUGGGCUCGGCCGACAUUCACUAUUGGAUCGGGAACACCUCGUCGCAGGAUGAGCAGGGAGCGGCGGCUGUCUUCGUCACCCAACUGGAUGAGCACUUGGGGGGUGCGCCGGUGCAGCACAGGGAGGUGCAGGGCCACGAGUCGCCACGUUUCAGGGGCUACUUCAAAAACGGCAUUAUAUACAAAAAAGGGGGCGUGGCCUCCGGUUUUGACCACGUGGAUACCAACGCCUACAAUGUCCUGCGUUUGCUGCACGUCAAAGGGCGGAAGCACAUCACAGCCACCGAGGUGGAUGUGGCGUGGAGCAGCUUUAAUACAGGGGAUAUCUUCCUUCUGGACAUGGGCAAUCUCAUAGUGCAGUGGAAUGGAGAAAAGAGCAACAGAGGGGAGAAGCUCAAGGCCACCUUGCUGGCUCAGGAUAUCCGGGACCGGGAACGAGGCGGCCGGGCUGCGAUCGGCGUGGUGGAGGGCGGCGAUGAGCGCGAUGAGCCCGAGCUGAUGAAAAACAUGACGGCUGCAUUGGGUCCAAGGACCGGUGCACUCAAGGCUGCCAUCCCUGACGACGACUCACGCCGGCCAGUCAACGCCAACGUCAGGCUCUACCAUGUUUACGACGUCAGCGGGAAUCUGGUGGUUCAAGAAGUGGCCACGCAGCCUCUCACCCAAAACCUCCUGAAGUCUUCUGACUGCUACAUAUUAGACAAUGCUGGCUCCAGCGUGAUGGUGUGGAAAGGGAAAGACGCCUCUAAAGAGGAGAAGCGUGGUGCGCUGAACCGGGCAGUGGGUUAUAUCAAGGCCAAGAACUACCCAGCAAGCACCAGUGUGGAGGUCAUGUGCGAGGGCGGCGAGUCGGCCAUGUUCAAGCACCUCUUCAAGGAGUGGAGGGACAAGAAUCAAACUCAAGGCUUGGGCACCACGCACAAUGUGGGCAAGAUAGCAAAGGUUGACCAGGUGAAGUUUGACGUGAUGGAGCUCCACGCACGUCCCGAGGUGGCGGCAAAGCAGCGCAUGGUGGACGACGGCUCUGGAGAUGUCAAGGUGUGGCGCAUUGAAGAUUUGGAACUGGCCGAAGUCAAUCCGAGGACAUAUGGACAGUUUUACGGCGGGGACUGCUACCUGGUGCUAUACACGUAUCGCGUAUCAAACCGGGAGCAGCACAUUCUCUACAUGUGGCAGGGGCGGUCGGCCACCAAAGACGAGGUGACGGCUUGUGCCUAUCAGGCAGUGCUGGUGGAUCAGAAGUACAACGGAGCCCCCGUGCAGGUUCGGGUGGUCAUGGGGAAGGAACCCCGCCAUUUCCUGGCCAUUUUCAAAGGCAGACUUAUCAUCUUUGAGGGUGGUACCGGUCGACCCGGCGUGGUCAACCCUGUGAGCGGAGCCAGGCUCUUCCAGGUUCGGGGGACUAACGAGCUGAACACCAAGGCUACUGAAGUUCUUGCCAGGGCGUCAUCCCUCAACACCAAUGACGUUUUCCUGCUCAAGAGUGACCACUCGUGCUACUUGUGGUACGGAAAGGGUUGCAGCGGGGAUGAGAGGGUGAUGGCCAGAGCCAUUUCUGACGUGGUCUCCAAACAGGACAAACAGGUGGUGAUGGAGGGUCAGGAGCCUGCUGAAUUCUGGGUAGCCCUUGGAGGGAAGGCCCCCUACGCCAGUGACAAGAGUCUCCAGAGGGAGGAGCCUCUUCACAGCCCUCGUCUGUUUGAGUGCUCAAAUCAGACGGGUCAGUUUCGGAUGACCGAGGUGGAUGACUUUGCACAAAGCGACCUGGACGAGGAGGAUGUCAUGCUGCUGGACACCUGGGAAGAGAUUUUCUUGUGGGUGGGGAACUCUGCUAAUGAGUACGAGACCAAGGAGACAUGGAACUCUGCCCACGAGUACUUACGCACCCACCCGGCGGGCCGUGACAAGGACACGCCUGUGGUCUGUGUCAAACAGGGCUUUGAGCCCCCCACAUUCACCGGCUGGUUUAAUGCGUGGGACCCCCAUAAGUGGAGCGUGAGGAAGUCCUAUGAGGAGAUAAAGAAAGAGCUGAAUAGCAACGCAUCGCUGUUAGAGCUCAAUUAUGAUCUAAACAACACCACUUUAAAUUCAGGCGGAGGCAAUUACCGGGCACCCGGAGGCCCCAUGAGUCCUCCAAUCUACAAAAGCCAUUUUGGGGAUUCGUCCCCCGUAAUCACUAGCCCGACUUCAUCCCGGCCAUUCCCUACAGCCCCCGGGAUGCAAGUGGCCCCCGAGCUCCUCAUCAACAAGUCGGCCUCGGAGCUCCCGCCGGGCGUGGACCCCUGCUACAAAGAGAACUUCCUGUCUGACGCCGAUUUUGAGCAACUGCUCGGCGUGGGCCGCUUAGAAUUCCAGCGCCUGGCGGAGUGGCGGCAGAAGGAGCUGAAAAAGAAAGCGGGGCUUUUUUAACGCAGCUAAACGUGCUGAAAAUGACCUUUAUUAGGAGUUUUUAUCAGUUGACACAAUGCAAAGUUGGGUCCGCUCAAGUCAUGUUUAAACCUCCCACUAUUUUAAAAAUCAUCAAUACUUGACUGAAUUUAUAAACUUUAUCAUGAAACUA